AUGACCAAGACGGCGAGCGCAAAGCGCAAGCGCGCCGAGAGGGAAGCCCUCAAGGCCGCCCAGACCAACAAGCGCGCAAAGAGCUCUCACGACGCCUCAGCCGACGGCAGAAACACCCCCGACCCGAAUGACGCGGCCGCCCACGAUACCCAUGCCGCUAGCGGCCCUAGGUUGCCCAAGGUGCUCCAAGAGAAAAAGCUCUUCGUCGAGAACUCCGUGGGCAAGGACCGCCUGCGCGAGGCGAAGCUCUACGACCUCCUCAGCAGCGAGAACGAGACGGACCGCCUCGAGGCUGCCAGCGCCAUCAUCUCCAGCCUCCUCGACGGCGACGGCGUGACUGAGGCCGUGCUGCAGCGCCACCUCGACUGGCGCCUGUUCCGCGGUCUCGCGAGUGGCAGGGCCGCCUCGAGGCUCGGCUACAGUAUCGUCCUGACGGAGAUCCUGAGCCAGCUUCUCGGCCCGCCAAGGAACCUGAGCCGCGACAAGUAUCCCGGCCUGACGUUCGAUAAGGUGCUGGGGAUGCUUAUGGAGAGGACACACGUCGGCGGCAACAUGCCGGGCCAGGAGGAGCGGGACCUGUGGUUCGGCCAGCUGUUUGGGCUUGAGUGCUUCGUGCGCGCUAGGGUACUGUUCACCCCGGACGAGGGCCCCGACAGGUGGAACGAGGUGUUGAGGCUCCUGGUGAAGCUGGGGAACAAGAAGGUCUGGCUGCGGCCGCAGUGCGGGUGGGUCGUGGCCCAGGCGCUCGCGCAGCUGGACCGGAACCGCAUCGAAAUGGUUCUGCAGCAGCUUGUCGAGCUGGGCUGGUCCAAGACUCCGGAGGGCGUUGGCAUCUGGCUCGUCGCCUUCGAGCAGUGCCCCGACCUGAGCAGCGGCGACCAGUCGAAGCACCACCACCCGCUCUCGCCGAGGAACCUUGGCGAGCUUGCCGGUAUCCUGAAGGAGAGUGGCCAGGACGACGUGGAGAAGCAGCAGAAACAACAGCAGCAACAGCAAAGAAGGGGGGCUGGCUUCAGCAAGAACAAGCAGGCCAAUUGGACGCCCCAGCUCCACUUCGUUUGGGAUCUCAUUGUGCGUCACUUCUUGCGCAGGGGCCCCGAGCAUGUCGAGGACUUCAGGGCGUUCUGGAAACGUGUUGUUGAUGACAACUUCUUCGCAAAGACCGCCACCGAGGGACAAAAGUUCAGGGGCUUCCUGGUUUUCCAGAAGAUGCUCCAGAGCUACGCCGACAUCGACGACCUCCUUGAUAUCCUUUUCAGCAGGAACCUGAUGACCUGUCUCAUCAACCAGGCCGCCCAGGAGGACCGCUUCCUCCACCGUGCGGCUCUCAAGACCUGCAAGAUCAUCGAGGAAACGUCUGCGGCGCACCCGGAAGCCACCGGUAUCAUCCUCGACAACCUGAUCAACAACAACGGCCUGUACCGGUUCGACGUCAUGACCAAGAGCAAGACUGUCGACAAGAUCCUCCAGCACGUAAAGGCCGAUACGGGCGAGGAUGUCAUGCAGGUCCUGAGGGGGCCCGUCAUGAAGACCUCCACCACAUCAAAGGACAUCAACGCUGUCAAGCUUGACCUCCGCGUCUACAUCGAAUACAUCUUCCGCCUGACCACCUCAGCACCUGAAGUCGCGCUGCAAGAGCUGACUUCACUUGCAUACGCAAAGCCUAUCUGGGUCCCGGCGAACGCACACUCUCUGGUAACGGAACUUAGCAGGAGCCGUCUCCAGUCCGCCUUCGCCAAACUUUCGCGCAAGACCGAGGACUCGAACUACCUAUGCACCGCGGUCCUGUCGAUCAACCCAGAGUACAUUCGCAUGGAGGGCGAGAUGAAGGAGGAAGUCAAUUCGGCACGGAAGCGCUUGGAGAAGCUCAUGAAGACAAGCACCUCCGUGGGUGAGAGCGCCUCGGACGAGGUCAAGAUCGCACAGGGUCUGGCUCUCCUCUACGGCAUUGCCAUCUCUCAACUUUACAACGAGGAACCGGACGCGUUCCAGCUUCUGAGUGACCUGAAGGAGUACCAGACUCGUCUCCAGACGGACGAGGAGGGCGCUGCGGAGUUCUUGGUCGAGAUUCUGCUGUCUCUUGUUUCUCAGCAAUCCUCACUUUUACGAGAGAUCUCGCAACGGGUGUUUGGCAACUUUACCACCCGGGUUUCUCCCAAAGCACUGGAGCUGCUAUUGGACGUCCUCUCCGCCGACGAGAGCGCCAAGGGUCAGCAGUCGCUGUUCGAUGAUGUCAACGCAGACGAAAUGGAUGUCGAAGACAUGGAGGACGACGGCGAAGACGAUUCUGACGACGAGCUUGGUUCCGACGUCGAGGUGGACUCGGACGUUGAGUUUGUCGGCCUCAACACCGGCGACGGCGAGGACGAGGACGAGGAAGAGGAUGAAGACGAAGAAUCGGGAUCCGACGAGGAGGCCGACGCUGAAGAUGGCAACAACCUCGAGGCCCUCGACGACGCCCUCAGCAAGAUUCUCAACAGCCACCGGCUCGACAAGGACCAGGACGCCGAGACCUCGGACGAUGACUCGGACAUGAGCGACUCGGACAUGCUGGAGCUCGACAGCAAGCUGGCCGAGGUGUUCAAGCAGCGCGCCAAGGCGGCGCCGAGCAAGAAGAAGGAGCGCAAGGCCGCCAAGGAGUCCGUAGUUAACUUCAAGCGGCGCGUGCUGGACCUGCUCGAGGUCUACGUGAAAAACGAGGCGGCGAACCCGGCGGCGCUCGCCGUCCUGCAGCCACUCCUGCGGCUUGUCCGCACGUCGACCAUCAAGACGCUCUCCGACCGGGCGUAUGAGCUGAUCAAGGACUACCAGAAGAAGCUGCGCAAGGCGCGGUCCGGGGUCGCCGGCGGCAGAAAGGAGGACAAGAAGGUCGACAGGGAAGAGGCGCUCGAGGUGCUGAGGGGCGUGUACGAGGAGCUGAAGGCCGGUGAGACCAAGGCGCACGCAAGGGCGGCGGUGCCGGCGUGCCUGAUCGCGGCCUCGAGCGUGUUCCAUGCCGGCAAGGGCGACCGCGCCGCCGUGGACGCCGUGGUCGGGGACGCUGGAGAGGGCUCGGCGGUGCAGCAGGAGAUGAAGAAGGCUUGGGACGAGUGGUGCAGGAACCACGAGGCCCUGAAGAAGAAGGCUGCCGCCGCUGAUGCUGCUGCUGCAAAGAGCAAGUAG